AUGCUCGCGUGGCCGCUGUAUGCAGAACAGAGGAUGAACGCCGUCAUUCUGGAAGAGAGGCUUGGAGUGGCAUUGCGAGUGCCAGCGGAGGUCGGAUGCUUGGUGACCCGCCACGAGAUCGCCACCGCCGUGAAAGUGCUCAUGGAGGGGGAUCAGAAGCUGCGGCGCCGGGCCGAGGACCUGCAGAAAGCGGCAGCACGUGCGUGGUCACCGGAGGGGCCGUCGCGCCGUGCGCUCGAGGAGGUCGCCGUCAAGUGGAAGGCGGCGCUUGGCAAAAAAAGCAACACAUUAAGUGCAUGA